AACGAUCGCAUCGGCUGUUCACUGGCGCCGUGACGAUAAACAGUCAGCGGACAAGGAUGCUCUGUAGUCUGGUGCGCACACUUCUGUCUCCAGCUCUCCACAGUCACCAUGGAGGAGCCUAAUUAAAUGCACAGACUCGGUGUGCGUGUCUCUGCAGCUCCGGAUGGGGGGAGCCGAUGAUUUAUUUUAUUUUGUUUUAGGAUUUGCAAGUGUUCCUCGCCCUGCUUGAAGCCCGAGCGGAGAGGACCGCGGCGGAUUUGCGAAGUCUUCAAUUGAAAAGAGGCAAAUUAUGCCAGCAGCAUCAGAGUCGCUCACCCUGGUGACGAGCCAGCUCAUCGGUCAGACCACUCUGCCCUUCACUCGCCUCUUCGUCUGCCCUGGCAGAUCCAUGCUGCUGGAUGCUCCUCAAAGAGCCACGCCCACACCAUGAGCGCCAACGGGCCUGCCCCAGAACCAGCCCCAGAAGCCCCUCCCAUCUCAACCCCUGCCCCAGCACCGGCCCCUACUCCGGCCCCAGCCCCGGCGCCGCCCCCGCCCGCCCCACCUGCCCCGACAUCCUCCACCAUACCGGUAGGUGCGUUGGCUCAGAAGAAGCGGCAGCAGUAUGCCAAAAGCAAGAAGCAAGGCAGCAACGCCAACAGCCGGCCACCGAGGGCUCUUUUCUGCCUCAAACUCAACAACCCCUUACGCAGGGCCUGCAUCAGUGUGGUGGAGUGGAAGCCAUUUGAUAUCUUUAUAUUAAUUGCCAUUUUUGCCAACUGUAUGGCCUUAGCUGUCUACGUCCCUUUUCCUGAAGACGAUUCCAACUCCACAAACCACGAUUUGGAAACAGUUGAAUAUGCCUUCCUCAUCAUUUUCACUAUUGAGACCUUUCUGAAGAUUAUCGCUUAUGGUUUGGUGAUGCACCAGAAUGCAUAUGUGAGAAAUGGCUGGAACAUGCUGGAUUUUGUCAUUGUGGUUAUCGGACUCUUCAGUGUUGUCUUGGAAUUUUUGACCAAAGAUGAGAAGGGAGAAGGUGACGGAGAAAGUAGCCAUCCGUCGACGCAUGGCCACGGGGGUAAGCCCGGUGGAUUUGACGUUAAAGCCCUUCGAGCCUUCCGUGUGCUGCGACCCCUGCGGCUGGUCUCAGGAGUACCCAGUUUACAGGUGGUGUUGAACUCCAUCAUUAAAGCCAUGGUUCCUCUGCUGCACAUCGCCCUCCUUGUCUUGUUUGUCAUCAUCAUCUAUGCCAUUAUUGGCCUGGAGCUUUUCAUCGGUAAAAUGCAUGCAACCUGCUAUAUAGGCGGCACAGAUUUGAUAGCAGAGGAGGAUCCAGCUCCCUGUGCGAUCUCAGGGCACGGGCGCCAAUGCCCCAUCAACGGCACACAGUGCAGAGAAGGCUGGCACGGCCCCAACGGGGGCAUCACCAACUUCGACAACUUUCUGUUUGCCAUGCUGACGGUGUUUCAGUGCAUCACCAUGGAGGGCUGGACAGACGUGCUCUACUGGAUGAACGAUGCUAUGGGCUUUGAGCUUCCUUGGGUUUACUUUGUCAGUCUUGUGAUCUUCGGCUCCUUUUUCGUUCUUAACCUGGUUUUGGGUGUGUUGAGCGGAGAGUUCUCUAAGGAGAGAGAGAAAGCUAAAGCUCGAGGAGACUUCCAGAAGCUGCGUGAGAAGCAGCAGCUGGAGGAGGACCUGAAGGGCUACCUGGACUGGAUCACUCAGGCUGAAGAUAUUGACCCUGACAACGAGGACGAGGCUGAGGAGGGGAGCAAGAGAAACCGGGUGACUCUGGCUGACCUCACCGAGAAGAAGAAAGGAAGGUUUGGGUGGUUCAGCCAGUCGUCCGACACUCAUGCGAGCGUUCCAGCCAGUGAAACAGAAUCUGUGAACACCGAGAAUCAGAACGGAGAGGAUGAAAAGACACCCUGCUGUGGACCUUUGUGUCAGAAAAUCUCAAAGUCAAAGUUCAGUCGGCGCUGGCGCCGCUGGAACAGGUUCUGCCGCAGGAAGUGCCGUUUGGCUGUGAAGUCUGUACCUUUUUACUGGCUGGUCAUCAUCCUGGUGUUCCUUAACACGCUCACCAUCUCAUCGGAGCAUUACAACCAGCCUCUGUGGUUAACACAAGUUCAGGAUGUGGCUAACAAGUUGCUGCUGGCCCUCUUCACAUGUGAAAUGUUAGUGAAGAUGUACAGUCUGGGACUCCAGGCCUACUUCGUGUCCUUGUUCAACCGCUUUGACUGCUUUGUGGUGUGCGGAGGAAUCACUGAAACCAUUCUGGUCGAGCUGGAAAUCAUGUCUCCUCUUGGGAUUUCUGUGUUUCGCUGCGUCCGUCUCCUGAGGAUCUUUAAGGUCACGCGGCACUGGCAGUCUCUGAGUAACCUGGUGGCAUCUCUGCUCAACUCAAUGAAAUCCAUUGCUUCCCUGCUGCUGCUCCUCUUCCUCUUUAUCAUCAUCUUCUCCCUGCUGGGCAUGCAGGUGUUUGGUGGGAAGUUCAACUUUGACGAAACCCAGACGAAGAGAAGCACCUUUGACAACUUUCCCCAAGCCCUCCUCACUGUGUUUCAGAUCCUGACCGGAGAAGACUGGAACGCUGUCAUGUACGAUGGGAUCCAGGCGUACGGAGGCCCCUCCUCCAGCGGGAUGGUCGUGUGUUUUUACUUCAUCAUUCUCUUCAUAUGCGGAAACUAUAUCCUCCUGAAUGUCUUCUUGGCUAUCGCUGUGGACAACCUGGCAGAUGCAGAAUCACUCAACACAGAUGAAGGAGACAAAAAAGAUGACAAAAAGGAAGAUGAGAAAGAUGAAAAGGAAGAAGAGGAAGAGGACAAUGAUGAGAAUGGAGGAGAUGAAGAAGACCCAGAGGUUCCAUCAGGUCCUCGCCCGGUCAUCGCUGACCUGGUAAAGAAGGAAAAGAUCAUUCCGAUCCCAGAGGGAAGUGCCUUCUUCAUCUUCAGUAACACAAACCCGGUGCGAGUGUUUUGUCACCAACUCAUCAACCACCACAUAUUUACCAACCUCAUCCUGGUGUUCAUCAUGCUCAGCUCCGUGUCGCUCGCUGCCGAAGACCCGAUCCGCAACUUCUCCGCCCGCAACAUUAUACUUGGUUACUUUGACUAUGCUUUCACCGCUAUCUUUACUGUUGAGAUCGUGUUGAAGGUCCUAGGCUAUGCAGAUUAUGUCUUCACUAGUAUGUUUACAUUUGAGAUCGUAUUGAAGAUGACAACAUAUGGAGCUUUUCUCCAUAAGGGAGCAUUCUGCAGGAAUUACUUUAACCUCCUGGAUCUCUUGGUGGUCGGGGUUUCUCUUGUCUCCUUUGGCAUUCAGUCUUCGGCCAUCUCCGUGGUGAAGAUUCUCCGAGUUCUUCGAGUGCUUCGACCCCUGAGGGCCAUCAACAGAGCCAAGGGCCUUAAACAUGUUGUUCAGUGUGUCUUUGUGGCAAUCAGAACUAUUGGCAACAUCAUGAUUGUUACCACUCUACUUCAGUUUAUGUUCGCUUGUAUAGGUGUCCAGCUAUUUAAGGGAAAAUUUUACCGCUGCACAGAUGAGGCUAAGUCCAGUCCAGAAGAAUGCAAAGGGACAUACAUCCUGUAUAAGGAUGGAGAUGUUAACCAGCCAACGAUGCACAGGCGGGUGUGGCACAACAGCGACUUCAACUUUGACAAUGUUCUCAUGGCUAUGAUGGCCCUCUUUACUGUUUCCACGUUUGAAGGCUGGCCGGCGUUGCUGUACAAAGCCAUCGACUCCAACCGGGAGAAUCUGGGACCCAUUUACAACUACCGUGUGGAAAUUUCCAUCUUCUUCAUCAUCUACAUCAUUAUCAUUGCUUUCUUUAUGAUGAACAUCUUUGUGGGUUUUGUCAUCGUCACAUUUCAAGAACAAGGAGAGAAGGAGUAUAAAAACUGUGAACUUGACAAGAACCAGCGUCAGUGCGUGGAGUAUGCGCUGAAGGCUCGUCCCCUGAGGAGAUAUAUUCCCAAGAACCCGUACCAGUACAAGUUCUGGUAUGUGGUGAACUCCACUGGCUUUGAGUACAUCAUGUUUGUGCUCAUCAUGCUCAACACGCUUUGCUUGGCUGUCCAGCACUAUGGCCAAUCGGCACUUUUUAAUUAUGUAAUGGAUAUUCUCAAUAUGGUCUUCACUGCUGUAUUCACUGUGGAAAUGGUUCUCAAGCUUAUCGCAUUCAAACCAAGGCACUAUUUUGCUGAUGCUUGGAAUACAUUUGAUGCCUUAAUUGUUGUUGGUAGCGUCGUCGAUAUUGCUAUCACUGAAGUUAACAAACUUGUAGAGCCAACGGAGACUCCUCAGGUGGAUGAGAUGGGGAACACGGAGGACAGUGCUCGCAUCUCCAUCACUUUCUUUCGCCUGUUUCGAGUUAUGCGGUUGGUCAAACUCCUCAGCAGAGGAGAGGGUAUUCGCACAUUGCUGUGGACUUUCAUUAAGUCCUUCCAGGCUUUGCCAUACGUUGCUCUGUUGAUAGCCAUGUUGUUUUUCAUCUACGCUGUCAUCGGUAUGCAGGUUUUUGGAAAGAUUGCCAUGGUCGAUGGAACACAAAUCAACAGAAACAACAACUUCCAGACCUUCCCCCAGGCUGUGCUCCUUCUUUUUAGAUGUGCCACAGGUGAGGCGUGGCAGGAGAUAAUGUUGGCCUGUAUGCCCGGGAAACUGUGUGACCCAGAGUCCGACUACAACCCCGGGGAGGAGAUGACUUGUGGCAGUGGAUUUGCAAUAAUUUAUUUCAUUACCUUCUACAUGCUCUGUGCUUUCUUGAUCAUCAAUUUGUUCGUGGCUGUCAUUAUGGACAACUUUGACUAUCUGACACGUGAUUGGUCAAUUCUUGGUCCUCACCACCUCGAUGAAUUUAAAAGGAUUUGGUCAGAGUACGAUCCUGAGGCAAAAGGAAGGAUCAAACAUCUCGAUGUGGUGACCUUGCUUCGUCGUAUCCAGCCCCCUCUUGGUUUUGGUAAACUGUGUCCUCACCGAGUGGCAUGCAAGCGGCUGGUAGCCAUGAACAUGCCUCUCAACAGUGAUGGGACGGUCAUGUUCAAUGCUACACUGUUUGCCCUGGUGCGCACAGCUCUGAAAAUAAAAACUGAAGGUAACCUGGAACAGGCCAAUGAAGAGCUGCGGGCCGUCAUCAAGAAAAUCUGGAAGAGAACCAGCAUGAAGCUGCUGGACCAAGUGGUGCCUCCUGCUGGUGAUGAUGAGGUAACCGUGGGGAAGUUCUAUGCCACCUUCCUGAUACAGGACUACUUUAGGAAAUUCAAGAAACGUAAAGAGGAAGGCCUGGUGACUGCGCACCCUUCCCAGAACAACACAGCCAUUGCCCUGCAGGCUGGCCUUCGCACGCUGCAUGAUAUUGGGCCUGAAAUUCGCCGAGCGAUAUCAUGUGACCUGCAGGAUGACGAGCUAGUUGACUUUAUUCCAGAGGAAGACGAGGAAAUUUAUAGGCGUAACGGCGGCCUCUUCGGUAACCACCUAAUGAACGGCGGUCACCGGCGAGCCAACGGCCAUCAGACCAACACCACACAGCGCCCCCUGCAGGUGCAGCCCCCGCCUCACUAUGCUCACAUGGAGCAGCCAGUGGGGCGCCUUUCUCGAGCUAACGCAAUGGCUCACCCCAACCACCAUCACCACCAUCACCACCAUCAUCACCGCCACCACAACUCCUACGGCAAAUCUCCCAAAUCCACCAACAUCAACUUGAACAACGCCAACAUGUCCAGUCUGCCCAACGGAGGACACCAUAUCUACUACGAACGUGCUCCGCCAAACGGUUACCCAGGUUUACGCACCUCCUACUACGACUAUAACAAGCCACGGUCGCCCCAGGGUCAAAGAAGGCGCUACUAUGAGACGUAUGUUAGGUCCCAGAGAGGAGACGGCCAUCACCCCACCAUCCGCAGGGAGGAGGAGAUCGAAGAGGAUCGUCUCUCUGGGGAAUAUUACAGCGGAGAGGAGUUUUAUGAGGAGGACAGCAUGCUGUCAGGGGACAGAUAUCAGACCAGUGACACGGAGUAUGAAACUCCGAAAGGCUACCACCACCCUGACAGUUACUAUGACGACGAUGAGCAGCCUCUCUACCGGGACUCACGGAGGUCACCAAAGAGAAGACUGCUUCCUGCCACACCUCAAGGUCACAGAAGGCCUUCCUUUAACUUUGAGUGUUUGCGCAGACAAAGUAGCCAGGAUGAGCUUCCACAUCAGCGUACUGCUCUACCACUGCACCUUAUGCAGCAUCAGGUAAUGGCUGUAGCAGGCCUGGACUCCAGCAGAGCCCACUGCCUCUCCCCCACCCGCUCCACUCGCUCCUGGGCCACACCUCCCGCCACCCCGGCCAGUAAAGACCAGUCGCCGUACUACACCCCCCUCAUCCGGGUGGACCGUCCUCACAGGGAGAGCAUCUCUGGCAGCCACGUGUCUGUGCGCAAGAGCUCCUGGUACACAGACGAUCCAGAGUAUUCCCAAAGGACGUAUUCGCCCAUCCACCUGCAGGUUCCCCCGGAGUACCACCACCAGUACCACCAGAAGAGAGGCAGCGCCACCAGCCUUGUAGAAGCGGUUUUGAUAUCAGAGGGUCUCGGGAGAUACGCCAAGGAUCCCAAGUUUGUUGCUGCCACAAAGCACGAGAUCGCAGAUGCAUGUGAGAUGACAAUAGACGAGAUGGAGAGUGCAGCCAGCCACCUGCUGAGCGAAGGGAUCGCCCCCGGCAUCAACGGGGUCAACGUGUUUCCCCUUCUGGCCCCCAGGGACUACGAGCUGCCGGACACCGGAGCCAGUUACAGCGACGAGGAGCCAGAGACCGAACCCAGAGCUCCUUACGAGGAGGACCUGGCCGAUGAGAUGAUCUGCAUUACGACUUUAUAGCAUUAGCUGGAGGGAUCCGCAGAUCUGACUUGGGUACAAUCUAGAACAUUUAAAUAAUAAAAAAAAAAAAAGAAAUGCAUCUGUUGGCUCCGACCAAAAGAAGUGCCUUUUACACAGAGCAGAUAAAAAAAGGCAUACGGGAGGAAGAAGCGCCAUAGAAGUCCUGAACGUUGAGAUCUCCUCCUGCCAGCAGAGGAGGCGAGAGACUGAAACUCUCUGAGGAAGAUUUUCACCUGAAGGGAACACAGCCUGCAGCCGCCUGGAGGCCAGGCCGCUGACGCAGAGAGAGAGAGAGAGAGAGAGAGAGGGAGAGACGCUCUGCAGGACGGGUCUCUACGGGUGAUGACAAUCAGAUGUAUGAUGUCAUUACCUCAGUCACUUUAUUAAGGUUCGGCAUAUCAUGCAAGUUUUCAAUGCAAGCAUAGUGAGGCAUAUCUAGACAUGUAGUCUUUAGGGGAAAAUCAGAGCUUGGUCCGUUUGUCGUUUGAGGCGGGUUGUCUUAGGAUCGCUGGAGCUGAUCGAAAAUGUCGAGUCGUAACAGAUUAUGCAGGAAUUAACUGUCCUACUUUUAGCAUCAUUCAACUUUAGUUGUGUGUGUUUAACGAAACAGAAGCAUUUGGAGUAAAUGCACUAGCAGGCAGGUUAUUUUAAACAUUUAAGAAUAAAUAGCCUGGUUAAUAUUUCUUAGUUGAUAUGCUGUAAAUUGUAUAAUAUAACAAGAGAAACUUUGUAAAGAGAUAACUCUAUAUUUUGUAAUUAUGUAUCAUUUAAAAGAUCAGCAAUAUGAACCCUUGUGACUCCUGUUAUUCUAUAAAAGGAAACUUGCAUUAUUUUAAUGAGGUACUAUGAUAUUUAAACGCCUUUUGUUUUGUGCUAAUAUGCACACUUUAUUUUGCCUAUAAAACAUUUUUUAGACACUCUACUAUGGUUACACAACUGCACAAUAUAUUCAAAAGACUUCCUAAAAUGGGGUAAAACACACGUUGGUUUUUGUAAAGCGGGGCGUUUUCUGCAGUCGAAGUGACGCGGCUGUCUGAGGAGUACCUUUGUUGGGAUAUUUUGUGUCGUGUGUACAUGAAUUUAAAUGCAUCCAUGCAUAAACAUUGCUGCUUUCUUUGUUGGUUUUCGAAUCAAACUUUAGUUUGUCGGCCCCUGAUGAAAUGCCUUUUUUUUGCUGCUGAAAGAACUAAAACUUGGACAAACUGAUAUUUGUGCGGCUCAUGCUGGGCUUGGUAUAAAACUCCACACUCCACAGGGACGUCUCUGCCUUUACGUACCGUGUUUUGCAAAAACUUUUUAUGCCCUUUGAAUGUUUUCACAUUUGGACACAUUUCAAUAAGUGACCUCUAUAUUUUAUGUUUGUUUUUUUUAUGCGAUAGACCAAAACAGCGUGGGUUCAUAGUUGUGAAAUGGAAGGAAAAUUAGAUGUGGUUUUAUCUUUUCUUCACAUAAAAAUCUGAAAUGUAUAAAAUGAAUUUGUAUUCAGAUCCCAUGAAUCAAUACUUUAUUGAAAAACCUUUUUGCAGCAAUUAGUGUCGAGUCUUUGAUCCGUCCGAUUGAAUUUACGGUGCAGCAUCACAAUAUCAUCUAAAUCAACAUAAGUCUGGACUUCGACUUUUACUAAUGUUCAAUAAGAAGCAUCUGAGAUGUUUAGGUAACUGAUUAAUUAAUGCAGAGAUUAAAUUAUGCACAGAUGAACUCUAAUUACAUUUAAUAGGUGACUUCUGAAGGCUGUUGGUUGAACUAGAUUUGUUUUGGGGAAACCGGAGCAAAAGAGGCUAAACAUUAUUCUGGUCAACAGCCAAAGAGUUGUCUCAGGUUUUUCAAAUGUUUUAGGGUCAUUUUGAUGACCUGAAUCCAAAAACCACGUUGGUUUUGCUCAAACAGGUCAACUUUCUGGACUAUGGAUGCAUCAGAAUGCAUGACUUGUUCUAACAAAUGGAUCGGUUUCCUGAGAAUCUGGGAUCAAUGAUUGAUGAGACGGAGAAUUAUUUCAAUUUACAUGUACUUACCCUUACCACUGGUUGUUAUUCAAUUUACAGAAAUCCAACUUUGUAACAUUUAACUUACAGGUUUUUUUUUUUUUCCUGAAACCUUUUUGAAUGAGAAAUAUUAACGGAAAUGAGCUGACAAUGUCACAAAAAGCAAUCAAUUUAGUCAGAAGAUCAGAUUUCUCUAAAUUAUUCGAAUAAAAUCCUGACCUGAUUGAGAAAAAUGGAUGUCAUUUUUGGAUUCAGCGGUACAAAAUUAAUCCUAAUUCAGUUGAAAAAGCAUAGACAACUUCCAGGAAACAUUCUUUUGAUGUCAGUGUUAUUAUCUACUGGGGGGAAAUAAACAAUUCCUUCCUCUUCACAGGAGCUACCUUGUGUUGGUCUGCCACAUACAGUUGGAAAACAAAAUACACGUUUCUUGUUGUAAUGUGACAAAGUGUGAAUAACUUCAGUGGGCAUGAAUACUUUUUCAAGGCUCUACGGUUUGUGAGGGCUUGCGGCUGCAGGCCUGUGAGGCUCGUGUUCACGGUGGAACAGCAGGGGGCGCACUGGUGCCAGAAAGGCUGGGUGGUGCAAAGCAAUAACCCCGUCCGCACCCUUUCUCUCUCCCCGCCCGGUUUCUUGCAUACAGUUUAUACCUCGUUGGCAACUCUGACGACAUAUCAGUGUGUCAUCAUAUCUGUUCGCACAGCGUGGAGACUUUACAUGAUUCUUACUGCGGGGUGUCCCCCCCCCCCCCCCCCCUCUUAUAACAGCUCAACUUCCUCUGUGUUUCAUCAGUUGUCAUUCCCCAGUCCGUGGACUAAAUAAACAAUAGUGUUUCUUUCAAGUAUCAAAACGUAGAGUUGACCUUUCCACGGGUGACGUUUAAGGUUCCUGUGACGUGUUGCUCAUGAGCACUUGGUUCGUCGGUGGGUGUCCUCUCAAUCUGAAUGCUGAAUGCUGUCUUGAACGUUGAGGUUUUCCACCUUGUGUGCACAUUGAAAGGGCUCUUUGAAUUGUUUGUGAGUUUCAAACUAAAAAAAAGUGUGUUCUAGUCCUUUUUUUGUUGGUGGCUAAAAGGACCAAUGCACAUAAAAGGCACAUUGUACUAUUUGUAGCAAUUACAGAACUAAUGAACUGAAGAUAUGCAUUAUUUUGUAAAGACUUUUAAAAAGUUGUUUUGAAACUAAAGAUAAAGAGAACUUACUUUUACCUCAUGUCAGGGAAUUCCUGAGAAAAGAAAAUGAUUUGGUUAAGUCUAUACCAAUGGUAUUUAAAUAUUAGCACAUAGCUGUUUGUCUUUGCACAAGUAAAUGUAUAGUGCUUUUUGUUUCUCCUUUUUCUAAACAGAUUUGUGUAUUAAGGUGAGACGAUUUUUGUACUUUUUGUGACCGUGCAUAUGGUUUAGUGGAAUCUGUAUCUGUCAUUUACACCUCACCUCUAAAUGCUGGGAAUGAAAGAGUAUAAAAAAAAUAUUUUCAAGGUGCACUGUUCCUCUGUUUCACAGGUAUGGAGAAAAAAAAAGAACAGAAAAAAAUACCAGUUUACAGAGAAACACAUAUUCAUUGAAACACUUUUGUUAGUUUUUCUUCAUCUUGUUACGGUUAUUAUUCUUACUAUAACAGUUAUUAUUGUUCAGAAAUCUGUAUUAAAAUAGAA